AGACUGCUGAUUAACCUUGAACAAACUUCCUCCUAUUUUCAAAGUCCUCAUCAUCACCAAGGAAGCACAGAGAAUGUUUUCCCUGACUCAGACCAAAGGGAAAUUCAACUCUGUGUCCCUGUUCAUGACCAUUAAACCACUGCCUUCACCUUUUCCACUCCUAAUAGAGACAAGGUUGGAAUGCAGUCCAUGCACUGGUAUUGCCCACAGUUCUGCACCAUGUCAAAAGUAUCCCUCCUGCUGCUGUGGGCUGCCCUGCUACUGACCAGCUGUGUACAUGGAGCCAUGCUGAGAAAUAAAGACACAUGGAAGCCACUGAGCAACCCCAGGAAUAGAGAACUGUUUUUCAGAAGCCUCCAGGCCUAUUUUAAAGGCAGAGGACUUGAUCUUGGGAACCUUCCGAAUACCUUCUUCAUGAAUGAGGAUCCCAGCCCUCUCUCUUUCCAGGCGGAACAUAUUGCUUCUGCAUUUGCAGACUAUGAAGAGCAGAAAAACUCCCUCCCUAAGUCCUACAAGGGCUGA